UCGUAGUCCAUGAUUAUAUAUUCUGCCACUAGUAAGAAUGAAAUCGUUUCAUUGUUAUUAGUGUCAGAAUUUAAAAAAAAACUGAAAAUAUCGUUGAACAUUAAUUUAUUUGCUUCCUCCGGGAUCAUAUUGUGCAAUAUUUCAUCGUUUCUGACAUACUAUAAAUACAAUAACUUCCUUUCAGAACAAGUCUCCAACAAACUUCCAUCUUAUCAAAAUGUCCAAGUAUGGCUGCCCAACCUCUGACACUGAUCCAAACUCGGUCACAAUGAUUACGAAGCGAGGACCAGUGAACAAGACAUUGAAAUCGGCUGCUCAAUUGAAUGCUGCUCAGCGUGCUGGAGUUGAUAUUUCGACCGAAAAGAAGACGAUGUCUGGUGGCAAUCGCCAGCACAGCGCCAACAAGAACACUCUGCGGCUUGAUGAAGAAACGGAGGAGCUUCAUCACCAGAAAGUUGCUCUGUCCCUCGGAAAAGUCAUGCAGCAGGCUCGUGCCACGAAAGGUUGGACGCAGAAAGAUCUUUCAACGCAAAUUAAUGAGAAGCCGCAAGUAGUCGGCGAAUACGAAAGCGGAAAGGCUGUCCCAAAUCAACAGAUCAUGGCAAAAAUGGAGCGUGCGCUUGGAGUCAAGUUGCGCGGCAAAGAUAUCGGAAUGCCAUUUUCAACAAAGCCACCAGCGAAGAAGUGAUGAACUAAUAAUGUUACAUCGAAUAGGUCCAACUCCUGGUGUCCCCACUUUCCCGUCUAUUUCUCUCAUUCUCCAGCCCCGAAAUUCUCUUACCGAUCCCCGCGUCUCCUGUUUUCUUGGGUAUCUCUUUCCGUCUGGCCUCUCUUACCCGUACCUUAUCAUGGUUUUUGUUCAACAUUAUUGCUCUUUUUGUUAUAUUUUUGUAUUUAUGCUAAAUUUAUUUUCUUUCUGUACAGAAACGACGCAGGAGAAUCUGAAAUAAACGUAUCAUUUUAAAUCCA